AUGUUUGGAUGGAACUUCUUCCUCAUCCGCGACAAAGACGGGAAUAUCAAUGCCUUCCACAACAUCUGUCGGCAUCGAGGCCACCCGGUCACUCAAAAGACCAGCGGGUCCAGCACGGUUCUGGCAUGUCGAUUUCAUGGCUGGUCGUACCUUCCCAACGGAGACCUACAUAAAGCCCGAGAAUACACCAAUCUUCCAGACUUUGAUCCCAAGCAGCAGUCGUUGUUCAAGAUUCACACUCAUGUGACGGCUCAGGGAUUUAUCUUUGUAAACUUCGAUGCGAGAGACACUCCUGCAGUGAGCUUUGAGGACCAGUUUGGUGAUGACUUCGAACCAGCUCCGACGGCGACGACGGGAAGGGAAAUUGGUGACGAGUUUGCGCUUUUUCCCAACGAUGGGUGGGAGUAUGAUCAUACCUGGAACAGCUCUGCAGUUGGAACUGAGUUCAACUGGAAAACUUUUGCAGAUGGAUUCCAGGAGUGUUAUCAUUGCCAGACUGGCCACCCGACAACUUUGCCCAAGGACUUUGCACUGGACCAGUACUACCUACGGCAGGGAUUCGGAGCCUCACGCCAUUUCCUGCCUCCCAAGAGAGAAGGGCUGUCGGAGGCAUAUAUCACCUGGUUAUACCCCAUUGGUGCGGUCAUAUUCAGUGACAAUCUCCUGUUCAUCGCUCGCUUUAACGCAACGGGAGCACUUGAGACAUCGUACCAAAGCGAAACUUACCGGCGGUCGAGCAUGCAGAAACCGAGCCCGGAGUACGACCAUUGGAUGGAGCAUGACAUUGGAUACUGGCGAUUCGUUGAGACCGAGGACGUUGAGUUGGCCGUUAAUGCCCAGAAAGGGUUUAAAUCCGGGGUUCUGGGAUUAGGCAAGCUGCACUCGAUUGAAGAGCAUGCGGUCAAAUGGUAUCUCGACAAGGUGAGGGCUGUAUUGGUGGGACAUGCCGAGGCGGAGAAAGCGGAAGGUAAAAAUAUCGAUUAUUCAGUUCCCAAGGCGCAGAGCGAGGCGGCAGAGCAGGAUGAACUGUGUAAGCUGGUCGGGCCGGAGUAUGAGUGGUAG